CCUUUACAUUUCCAUCUUCUCGUUCUUUUCCUUUUAUUCCGACCGAGAGCAGAGCGAGCGGACAAGUUCAGGGGAGCGACAGAGGAAAAUUUGAGAGCUCCAAUCUUGAGCCCUAGUGAUCCAAAAAUCCCGAAUUUCUUGAAUUCCCGAUAA